AUGGCUUCUCCUCGUCCUGCCUCCCCUCUUACCUCCGGCGCUGAGUCCGGUACUGAGUCCAAGUCCGCUGGUGCUGGCUCGGGCGCUGUUGCCUCCGGCUCCUCCGUCAGCCGUCCCUCUUCGCCCACUCCUCCUGGCGGUCCUCGCGCUGCUAUGCGCCGCCGCGCCGCCGCUGACCACAAGGAGUCUCUGCGAAAUGCCCGUCCCAGCUCUACUCGCUCCGCUGGUGCUGGUGGUUCCUCCGGUACUAUGCUGAAGCUUUACACCGAUGAGAGCCCCGGUCUGCGUGUUGACCCCGUUGUUGUCCUGGUUCUGUCUCUAGGUUUCAUUUUCUCGGUUGUUGGUCUGCACGUCAUCGCCAAGAUUACCCGCAAGUUCUCCGCUUGA